GCCAUGCAGGAUGCAGCGUACGCACACCAGCUGGCCCAGCACGACAUGAGCCGGGCACGGUCGUGGACAUCAGGAGCCCCGCAACCACCGCGGCACGCAAAGAAGCCAAGCAAGAUCCGCAAUAUCUUCAAGCUUGGGUCGAAGAAGCACACCCCGCCGGCCACAGGACCCCAGCAGACAGCCCCGCACAAUGAUGUGCCGCCGCCGGUUCCGCAGCGCCGCCAGCUCGACUCGGAUUUCACAGAGUCCUCGGACGACGACCAGCCGAUUCAGACGCAGCCGCCCCGGGAUGCCGCUCCAGAGCAGCCACCGAAGCCCGCCGAAGCCUUGAUGGCGCCUGGGCCCAAUGUGUUCAACCUGAUCGAUGAUUCGAUGGAUGCUUCGUCGCCGGCGGGCAAUUUGGCGUCGUAUGCGCCGCUGAGCCCGACCAGGUACUCGCCGCAGCCACCAGCCAAGACGCCGCCCAAGCUAACCAGCACCGAGAUGGAGUUUGCCAGCGCAUUCGGCGCUAAUGAUGAUGAUCCGUUCAAUAUGCGUGCACAGUCGCAGCCAUUGCCGGCUGCAAAUACUGGCAGUGCCUCUCCCGCUGUUGAUAUGACCAAUCCGUUCGAGAUCGCUGGUUCAGCCAACACCGCAGUGGCUGUGCCAGUGACCAGCGAGACCGUGGACGAGACGAACCCGUUCCGCAAGCUGCACCACUAGGCAUUUGCUGCAAUCCCCUUUUCAAACUCCGCCCAUUUUCUACAUUUGACUCUUCAUACUUUUGUCAAAGUUUAUCGUAACCAUGCUAUUUGCCAAA